CUUCCAUCUCUAUCUCUGCGGAUAAGCUUCAAGCUUCUCACCCUCGAUUCAAUUGAAUAGGCGAAAAGGCUCUUGUUGUGCAAGUGGCGUUUAUGGAGGUCACAAAUACCAGCAGUAUCAUGUGGUUCUUCAUGGACAAAGGUUUCGAUAAAACAAGUAUCGACAAGAUGUUGAGAAAGUGCAAGCAGUUGGAGAAGGCGCAAAGCGAUGUUGCAUCUGAAAACUGGGACUACCUGAGAAACAUUGUUGGUAUCCAAGAGAGAAAACUCCCUUACAUCAUCUCCAAAUGCCCCAAAAUCCUCACUUUACGUCUCGAUGAGAGGCUCAUCCCCAUGGUCGAGUGCCUCUCCUCGCUUGGAAGGAAGCCUCGGGAAGUUGCUUCCGCCAUUACCAAGUUUCCUCCCAUACUCUCUCAUAGCGUCGAGGAGAAACUCUGUCCUCUUCUUGCUUUCUUUCAAGCAUUGGGUGUGCCUGAGACUCAACUUGGCAAAAUGAUACUCUUUAACCCGAGGCUUAUCAGCUACAGCAUCGACAGUAAGCUGACGGUGAUCGUCAGCUUUCUUGCUAGUCUUGGCCUUGACCAAGAUGGGAUGAUUGGGAAAGUUCUGGUGAAGCACCCAUUUCUUAUGGGGUAUAGUGUUGAUAAAAGGUUGCGGCCUACCACUGAAUUCUUGAAAUCAUCCGUUGGUCUGAGAGAGGAUGGCAUUCAGUCAGUGGUCAUGAAUUUUCCACAGGUUGUGUGCAGAGACGUGAACAAGAUCCUCAAACCAAACUAUGAUUAUCUGAGGGAGUGUGGGUUUGGAGAUGGGCAGAUUGCAGCCAUGGUGACUGGUUAUCCACCAAUUUUGAUAAAGAGUAUCAAGAAUUCACUAGAACCUAGGAUCAGAUUCCUAGUGGAGGUGAUGGGAAGAAGCAUGGAUGAAGUGGCUACUUACCCUGAGUUCUUUCAGCAUGGAUUGAAGAAGAAGGUGGAAUCACGGCAUAAACUUGUCAAAAAGAACAAAAUGGACUGCAGCCUUAGAGAAAUGCUGGACUGUAACACAAGGAAAUUCCAUGAGAAGUUUGGCUUUUCCGACGUAACUACAUCCUGUGCAAACUUCUAGCUUUAGAUCUCUCUAGUUUUCCUUCACUGCAUCUAUGUAAGCUAUAUUCAGCUCGUGCCAUUUCUGGAACAAGCUUUAGGAGUGUUAUCACCAAAUGUGAUAUCAAUGGAGUGUUUUUUUGUACUUUUUUCACUCUUUUCAGUCGAAUGUUGCUGCUGAGGUACUUGUAAACAUCCUUGAGUUGUGGCAUUGCUGGAAAAUUUCAGAAAUAGAAAGCUUGGUGACUCCUCGAUGGGGGAAAAUGAAAGAAUGAGUUGUAGAAAAUGCAGAAGGAAGUCAAAUUAUCCAGAGCAAAGUUCUUAUGGCAUUAUGGCUGCAGAUUCAAUCAGAGACCUGAAGGUAUUGUGGGUCAAUCUCAGACCUUAGCAAGAGAGGUAAGAGACGAAACAGCUGCCUUUGUCUUCCUUGAGUUGAAUUGUGAAUUUAGAUAGAGGCCAGACAUUGUUAAUAUAUGUGUGGUGAUGCCAUAUGAUGUUGGUGACUGGAAGAGUGUGGUCGGAUUCUGUGAAGAAAGGAAGAUUCGGUUACUGAUUCUGCUUUAUGAAGCUGCCGGAAGGAUGGCCUAACGAGUGAUAAAGUUGUAUAGAUAUGGAAACCUAAAAUUGAUGUAUAAAGGGAUCCAUGUAUAAAACAGUGACAUAUUCCAGUUCGAAAGAAGUGUUCUUUGUUCUAUAAUAUGAAAUGUAAAAUACUUCUGGAA